UCUCCUAUCUUCAACUGCUCAACAAUUAAUGCAAUACAUCACAACCCUUAAAGCAUCAGCCUUAGAAUUUCAAGCCAUGUUUCCCAGUGAGCUCAUAGGAAACCACUUUCUAGUACCGGAAAGCCCAAUUCCAGUGCCAACUAACUUUGGCAUGAUGCAAAGCAAUUUACCAGAUUUCCAUUUUAACAAAUUCUUAAGCAACUUUCCCUAUUCCCAGAUCCAACCACCAGUUCAGGAAUUCACACCACAGUCCUCAAGUAUCAGCAAUAACUCAACUUCUGAUGAAGCUGAGGAACACCAAAUCAGCAUCAUCGAUGAAAGGAGGCAACGGAGAAUGAUAUCUAACAGAGAAUCUGCUAGGAGGUCAAGGAUGCGGAAGCAAAGGCACUUAGAUGAACUUUGGUCACAAGUGAUCAGACUUCGCAAUGAGAACAACAGCCUCAUGGACAAGUUGAAUCAUGUAUCAGAGUCCCAUGACAAGGUUCUUCAAGAGAAUGCACGCCUCAAGGAAGAAGCCUCUGAUCUUCGCCAAAUGCUUACGGACCUGAAAAUUGGCAGUCCUUUCUCUAUUGCUUUGAGAGAGCUGGAGGAAUUCUCCUGCAACACUGCUCAACUCAGAGCUGAAUCCACAAACCAAUCCACGCUAGUUCUGUAACUUGCUUCAUUACGAAGAGUCUUGUCUUUCCAUACAACCAUUGUGUGCUCCCAAGGUUGCCAUGGAUAUGAUUGUUAAUCAAGCCUUUGCCUUAUUUUAGUUGUAUGAGAUUAGAAGCAAACCAUGAAAUAAUUACCAGCUUUUAAU